AUGGCUCCAAAACGACCAAACUUUCUUCUCAUCGUCGCCGAUGAUCUCGGCUUCUCCGAUAUUGGAUGCUUCGGUGGAGAAAUCCGCACACCCCAUCUCAACCGCUUAGCACAGGAGGGCAUCCGAUUCACUGAUUUCCAUGCCGCUGCUGCUUGCUCUCCCACCCGCGCCAUGAUUAUGACCGGGACCGAUCAUCACAUCGCUGGCUUGGGUAACCUGGUGGAAUGGACCAAUAUCUCCGGCCAGAACGGUCCUAGAGGCUCCCAGAUCAGCACCGCCCCGCAAAGGGGCAUGCCCGGCUACGAGGGCUAUCUCAACGAACGGGUCGUCGCUCUCCCUGAGAUACUCCGGGAUGCCGGCUACCAUACCCUCAUGUCGGGGAAAUGGCACUUGGGCCUCACGCCGGAGCGUUCCCCCUUCCACCGCGGCUUCGACCGAUCCCUGGCCCAUCUCCCCGCCUGCUCCAAUCACUAUGCCUACGAGCCCCAGCUGCAGGGUGAUGAUGUCACACCAACCUUCCUCCAGGCCAGCCACAUCGCACUGCACAUGGAGGACGACCGGUAUGUGAAGAAGCUCCCCGACGGCUGGUACUCGUCCGACGGCUACGGCGACAAGAUGGUCCAGUACCUGCGUGACUGGCAUGAUCGCGAAGAUGACCGGCCCUUCUUCGCCUAUCUGCCGUUCACCGCGCCCCACUGGCCCCUCCAAGCGCCCCGUGAGUACAUCGACCACUACCGCGGGGUGUAUGAUGACGGUCCCGACACCCUCCGUCUGCAGCGUCUCCAACGUCUCAAGGAGCUCGGUAUGAUCCAUCCAGAUGUCGAGCCGCACCCUGUCGACGCCGACGAAGUCAAGCCCUGGCACGAGUUCACGCCCGAGGAAAAGAAAUUGUCCAGCACAGCCAUGGAGGUCUUUGCCGGCAUGGUCGAGUGCAUCGAUGCCAACGUCGGCAAAGUCGUCGACUACCUUUCCUCCGUCGACGAGCUCGACAACACGUUCAUCUGCUUCCUUUCUGACAACGGUGCCGAAGGUGCCGCGUACGAAGCGUACCCCAUGGUCCAGAGCGGCGUCAUGCCGCAUCUGCAGAAGUACUACAACAACUCGCUAGAGAACCUUGGGAAUGCCGACUCCUUUAUCUGGUACGGUCCACGCUGGGCGCAAGCAGCCACUGCCCCCUCCCGACUGUACAAGGCGUUCACCACCGAGGGUGGCGUACGCGUGCCCUUUCUCGCCCGAUUCCCGACCUCUAUCCCCAUCGCCGACCAUGUCCGGGACGGCGGUAUCACCGACCAAUUCGCCACCGUCAUGGACCUGGCUCCAUCCAUCCUGCAUAUGGCCGGCGUCACCCACCCGGCUCCCACGUACCAAGGCCGCGAGGUCGUUCCCUUGCGCGGCCGGAGCUUCUACGACUGGGCAUGCGGCCAAUCCUCUCUUAUCCACGACCAGGACUUCAUCCAAGGAUGGGAAACCUGCGGCCGUGCCGCCCUGCGUUUUGGCGACUGGAAAAUCGUGUACAUCCCGAAACCAAAGGGCCCGGAGCGCUGGCAACUCUACCACCUCGUCGACGACCCGGGGGAGAUUCAUGAUCUCGCCGAGACGCAUCCGGAUCGGUUGGAGCAGCUGCUGAAACUCUGGGAUCAAUACGUUGUCGAGACGGGCGUGAUCCCGCUGAGUCCGGAUCUAGGGGAUUUCAUCGAGGCCACCGAGGCGCAGAUGCCUGAGAAUGCCUGGAUGGAAUACGACUAUUGGAAGAAGGGGGCGCGAGAAGAGCCAGAGAAGUUUAUGAGGAAGCCGCCGCGGUUUCAGCGGAAGUAG